AUGGCACCAGGACGAAAACCAAAGUCCGCUGGCUCGGCGCUGCCGUCGUCAACUCUAGUUCUCGAUAAUGGGGCUGACACCAUCAAGGCAGGCUUUGUCACCGUCGACGACGACAUGAGCAAUAAGGCGCCCCGCGUCAUCCCUAACUGCAUCGCCCGCGACCGCCACAACAAGACCUAUGUCGGUGCCGAGCUGGAAAAGUGCAAGGAUUUUGGCGAGAUUACCUUCCGGAGGCCAGUAGAGAAAGGAUUUAUCGUCAACUGGGAAGCUCAGAAGGAAAUCUGGGACCGCGCCUUCUUUGACGACAAAGCCCCCCAAAGAUGUGAUCCCUCGACAACCCGCUUGGUGCUCGCUGAGCAGCCAAACUCGCUACCAGCUCUUCAGACACAUUGUGACCAGAUUGUAUUUGAAGAGUAUGGAUUCUCCAGUUAUUAUCGGGGCAUCGGCCCCUCGUUCAACGCCUACCAAGACAUACAGGCCAUAUUCCACACCCCAAGGACCCCCGAUACUAUCAUUGAUGUACCCGCCGAAGUUAUUUUGUUGAUAGAUUCAGGAUACUCCCACACAACCGUGACGCCCAUUUUGCAAGGAAGGCCGCUACACACCGCCAUUCGGAGACUCGAUGUAGGCGGCAAGCUGCUGACCAACCACCUUACCCGCCUACUCUCUGUGCGCCACUUCGAUAUGCGUAACGAGACAUACAUUGUGAACGAGAUGAAGGAGGCCGCCUGCUAUGUGUCUCUGGACUUCAAGGGAGACCUUGACAAGACGUGGAAGGGCACGCGAGGAGAACGACGAAAGGACUACGCCACCGGUGGGGGUAUCGCAAAAGAUUAUGUGCUCCCUGACUCCCACACGCGAUUUCACGGCAUUGUUCGAGACCACGAGCCAGGUGCUGCCGCUCGGGCAAUGAAGAGCGCCGUCUCAACCGAGGAUAUCUUGACUCUUCGAAAUGAACGCUUCUCUGUGCCCGAGCUGCUGUUCAAUCCGACCGACAUUGGGCUUCGGCAGCCUGGACUGGCGGAUCUGGUUAUGCAGUCACUUUCGGUCCUCCCUGUGGGGCUGUGGCCAGGACUGCUGGCCAAUAUAGUGGUGGUAGGAGGGAACGCAAAGUUUGUCAAUUUUAUCCAGCGUCUUCAGGUUGAGUUGCUGGAAAGAGUCCCGGACGAAUGUGUGGUCCGGGUAGCCCGUCCCGAGGACCCCAUUGUCAGCACCUGGCUGGGUGCUGCCAACUUUGCCAGGCAUGAACACGCAGACCGAUUGGCAGUGACCAAGCAAGAAUAUGAAGAACACGGAGCCGCGUGGGUGGCUCGGAAAUUUGCGCUUGGGCUUGGGGUUGAUACAUUAAGAUGA